AUGAGAAAAACACAAGCAACACUGAAAAACAACGGAAACAUUUGUCUCCACAAAAUCGCUUCAAACAGUGUGAAUGUGAUGAAAUCAUUUCCUAUAGAUGACCUAGGAAGCGAUUUGAAGGAACUAGAUCAUUGUGCAGACAUAUGCAACUUACCUGUACAACACAGUUUAGGAAUGCAGUGGGACUUAAACUGUGAUAUGUUUGUGUUCAAAAUCUCUAAUGCUGAAAAACCUUACACCCGCAGAGGCCUUCUAUCGACAAUGAACAGUAUAUUUGAUCCCAUGGGAUUUAUUUCUCCAGUCACUAUCAGUGGAAAAAUUCUACACCGUGAACUUGUAUCUCCUGGAUGUCACUGGGAUGAACCACUUACGGAGGAACAUUUGAGAAGAUGGCGAAUCUGGAUUGAUUCAUUACAAUCUGUUAAUAACUUCAGAGUUCCCCGAAUGAUUGUAGCCACUUCCAUUUCUUUGGCUCAUCAAGUGGAUGUUCAUGUCUUUUCAGACGCGUCAGAACAUGCGAUAGCUGCGGUGGCAUAUCUUCAAGUGACAGAUGAAUUUGGAGAAACUUCUCUUGGAUUUCUAAUGGGAAAAUCUAAACUGGCACCUCUGAAAGGUCACACAAUACCGAGACUCGAACUGUGCGCAGCAGUUCUCGCCACAGAGUUUGGAGAAGCAAUUUUUUGUGUAUGUUACAAACCGUGUGGAAAAAAUUCACCAAGUCUCGUCUCCGUCUCAGUGGUCUUACGUCUCAAAAAUCCAGCUGAUGUUGCAACAAGAUAUUCACAUAAAGCAAUUACUACUAACUGGACCUCAAUGGUUGAAAAAUUCUCCGGAUAUGAUCAAAACUUCUAUCCUCUCAUCAAUCCUGAAACUGACAAAGAAAUCCGCCAAGAUGUUAUUUCUAGCAAAACUCAAAUUACAACUGAGAUCGUCUUUGACUCCCGUCGUUUUGCUAGAUUCUCGACCUGGAAAAAUCUCGUUGUGGCCUUUAAGACUUUGAAACGUUUUGUCAGAGAUACAUUUCAAGUGAGCAGUGAAAGUGAAGACGAACCAGAUAUCUACAGAGAAACAGAAAUGUUCAUCAUUAAACAAAUUCAACAGGAGUCGUACAGUAAGGAAAUAGAAAACCUUAAUAGUGGCCAACCAAUUCCCAGAAGCAGCAAAGUGUCACGACUUGACCCAUUCCUUGAUUCAUUCGGAGUUCUGCGUGUUGGAGGGAGACUUAAACUAAGUCCUGAAUUAUCUCUGGGAGAGAAGAAUCCAAUCCUCAUUCCAAAUCAAAACUACAUUGCAAAACUUCUCGUACUCCACUUCCAUGAAGUUAUUCGUCAUUAA